ACAGAAACCAUCCAGAAGACCCACUCGACCAUGUCUCUGUGGCUACCUUUCCGAGGCAGAUGGAAGUUGGGGCGGAAGAACUCAUUGCGGGGCUCCUCACAGCUCUCCAAGCAAGACUAUGAGUCCCUGAGGGAAAGGUGCCUGAUGGAAGGCCACCUCUUUGAAGAUGAGAGCUUUCCAGCCAGUCUGCGCUCGGUGGGCAGCGGGCCCCUGCUGCGGAAGCUGCCACCUGGCCUACAAUGGAAGAGGCCUCCGGAGUUACACAACAAUCCCCAGUUCUACUCUGCCAAUGCCAAAAGGCUGGACCUGUGCCAGGGAGUGGUAGGAGACUGCUGGUUCUUGGCUGCUUUGCAAGCUCUGACUUUGCACCAGGACAUCUUGAGCCGUGUUGUUCCCCUGAAUCAGAAUUUCACUGAGAAGUAUGCUGGCAUCUUCCAGUUCUGGUUCUGGCACUUUGGGAAGUGGGUGCCAGUGGUGAUAGAUGACCGACUCCCUGUGAAUGCAGCUGGCCAGCUGGUGUUUGUCUCUUCCACCUACAAAAACUUGUUCUGGGGAGCUCUUCUGGAAAAGGCUUAUGCCAAGCUCUCUGGCUCCUAUGAAGACUUGCAGCGCGGGCAGGUGUCUGAAGCGCUCGUGGACUUCACUGGAGGGGUGACAAUGACCUUCAAUCUAGCAGAAGCCCCUGGCAACCUCUGGGACAUCCUAACCCGAGCCACCUACAACAGAACGCUCAUUGGCUGCCAGACCCACUCAGGGAUGGAGAGGGUGCUGGAGAAUGGGCUGGUGGGAGGCCAUGCCUAUACCCUCACAGGCAUCAGGAAGGUGACCUGCAAACAUGGACCAGAAUAUCUAGUCAGGCUGCGGAACCCUUGGGGCAAAGUGGAAUGGAAAGGAGACUGGAGUGACAGCUCAAGUACGUGGGAGCUACUGAGCCCCAAGGAGAAGAUUCUGCUGCUGAGGAAGAGUGAUGAUGGCGAGUUCUGGAUGACUCUGAAGGACUUUAAAGCACAUUUCAUGCUUCUCGUCAUCUGUAAACUGACCCCAGGCCUGCUGAGUCAGGAGGUGGGCCAGAAGUGGGCCUGCACCCUGCGGGAGGGGAAGUGGGAGAAGGGGAGCACGGCCGGUGGCCGGAUGAAGUCGCCCCGAGACACAUUCUGGAAGAACCCGCAGUUUCUGCUGUCCAUCUGGAGCCCGCAGGAGGACAGGAGAUUCCUGAUGCCCUGCAGCGUGCUGGUGUCCCUGCUCCAGAAGCCAAGGCACCGGCACCGGAACCGGAAGCCUCACCUCGCCAUCGGCUUCUACCUCUUUAGGUUCAGCAAGUACUAUGGUGACCCAAGGAAACUUCCUCCUGAGUUCUUCUGGGAAAAUGGCCCCCUCAGCUGGCCCGAAGCAUUUCUCACAGAGAGAGAAGUGAGUCAGGAACUACAGCUGGUGUCAGGGACGUAUGUUAUUGUGCCCUGCACGUCUGAGGCCGGCCAGGAGUCGGAGUUUCUCCUGAGAGUCUUCUCCAGGAAGCACAUCUUUCAUGAAAUUGGCUGCGACGCCAGUGCUGUUUUCUCUAAGGAAAUAGUGGACCAAAAUGAAGGGCAGGAUGCAUUCUUCACUAAACUCUUUGAGAAGUAUCCAGAAAUAAAUGCAGUGCAGCUGCAGAAGAUCCUGAACCACAUGACCUGGCCAAGUCUGGGGAGCGCCCGGCCUCUCUUCAGCCUGGACGCCUGCCAGGGGAUCCUGGCCCUGCUGGACCUUAAUGCUUCCGGCACUGUGAGCAUCCAGGAGUUCAGAGACCUGUGGAAGCAGCUGAUGCUCUAUCAGGAGGUUUUCCACAAGCACGACAGCCACCGGUUGGGAUACCUGAACAGGACUCAGCUGCGGGCGGCCAUGAGGGACGCAGGGAUCGUGCUCAGUGACGAUAUCUGCCAGCUGAUGCUUGUCCGCUACGGCGGCCCCCGCCUCCAGAUGGACUUCGUCAGCUUCGUCCACCUGAUGCUGCGUGCGGAGAGCAUGGAGGGUGCCUUCCAGAACUUAACCCAAGAUGGCAAAGGGAUAUACCUCCAGAAGCCAGAGUGGCUGAUGAUGACUCUGUACUCCUGAGAAGGCUGGGGCCCUGUCUGUCUUCGCUGAUCACUUUGCAUACAGCUCAGAGGUGGCUUUUGGCGGACACCAGUCCACAUGCAACCCAGUUACAGUUCUUCAGGACCACGUCUCCAGUCAUCAUCUUCUCAGAGGGGAAGAUUUCUUUUCUGCAGACCUCUCUUUUGGAUAGGCAGUGUGCAAAAAGGGAAAGGGAGAUUGCCUUGGACUUGUAAAGACCAAUGGCCAUUCUCAGGCCACAACCUUUUCACAAGCAGAGAUGUUACCUGAUGUGACCUAAGCAAACUGAUUCCAGGGUUGGUGUCUCAACCUUUAACAAUCCUGCCUUCAUGACCGUCCAGCUUCAGUGACCUCAGCCGAAUGUUACCCCAUUUGGGGCAGUAGUCUAGGUUUCAAGACCUGAGGAGAGACUAAUAUGCCCUUAAAAAACUGCGCCAGCUUCUAGAAAUCGAUAGAGGCCUAGGCUAGAUUUCAACCGUGUGGAGGUGGGGUGAGGCUCUAGUGAGCUUUCGAGAACAUGGAAAAUGAGAGGAUUGGCGGGGUCCAGGUGGGUUGGGCCAGCUCUGACAUUUGAGGGCACUGGACGGUCUUCUGCUCCAGGAUCUCCAGGUGGUUGAAAUUGGGGCGGGAACCAUUGGAUUUGAAACACCUGAGUUCUCCAAGGGCUUCCUGCAUAUAAUAGAUGUCAGUCUGUUUACUUGACCUCUGGACUAUCAGAUCCAUUUCAGAUCAGUCCCCAAAGCCUCCGUGUGCCUACUUUAUAGAAGAGCACCUGUCCGUGCUGUAGUAUAAAGCUGAGCAGUGGAUGGUUGGUGUCUCUGAUUUUUUGAACUACCAUGCUGCCGCAUCUUCACAGCAUCCCUCCCAGCCCCAGAGCCUGGAGGAAAACCAGAAUAAAGUCCAUCUUCCAAAGUCUAUAUAUUUUACUCACAGUUUAGCGACUCAGAGCCAUUUGUUAAAAUUCUAUUUACUCUUGAUUUCCAAAGUGUUCUAAUAGACAUGACUGUCUGGUUUCCAAGCCCAUAAAAGACUCAGGGAGAAAGCUGAAUGAUGGGAUAAAAGGGUGUCUGUUGGCAGAACAAAAGGAAGCUUGACAGUCCGAUAAGUGGGCACUGAAGAAGGAGCAAACACUUUCUAAGCAUGGCUUCGGAAGUCAAAAAGUAUUUCACUUAGAGAAAACUUUGUUGAUUCCAAAUGAUGAAAUGUAAAAUGGUUUUCCAUGAAGUUCCAGGUACAUGAGAUAUUACUGAUUGUAUAAAUGAUGAUCAUGUAUCAUAGCCAGGAUUUUUAUGUUUAUUUAUUUGUCAGUAUCUCUGUCCUUAGAUUCUGUCAUUGUAAAUAUUUGUUUUAAUUAAAUAGCUCUUGCUUUGGUUCCACGAAGGCAGUGUGGGAGAUUUUUGGAGCAAGGAAGAUGAUACCUUGAUCCCAUUCACGACCCGUGGGUUCCAGUGUAGUAGUUUUGCUUAGCGCCGAAGGUGUUUAUAACGAAGUUAAUCACGUCUGACAGAACCUCCCUUUUAGCUUCUCAAUGGUCUGAACUGCCUUCCUACGUCACUCAUAUGUUCCCCUCGCUCGCCUGGGCCUAUCACUGUGGUAAGUCAGAUGCCCCGUGCCAUGCUGACCUCCUCCCUCAUUCCUUCCAGUGCCCCCCAAAGCUGAGGGCCAGAGACCAGGGGCAGAGCCCUUUUCCCACCCAAAUAUCCCUUCCCCAUCCUCUGUCACUCUGGGGCAUGUGAGGCAAGUAAAUGUCUGGGACAGCAUGGGCCUCACAAGCGUCAAUGAGGUCAGGCCGAAGGUCUGAGAGGCGGGCAGCUGCAUUUCCCGGGAGUCAGAAGCCAGAAGUUUGAUCCUGACUGAGACAAGCAGGAAGUGUGCAAACCCAGCGAAGGAUUAGCAAGAAAUCGGUCCUCGGGUGCCAAGACAGGUGAGGUCAGGGAGUCUAGAAAGUUGGGGUGUCCACCCGUCCACCAUAAGCAGGCAGAGCAUACCAGGCUGAGCACUGGUGCAAGCUUUUAAAAUCUCAGGAAAAGGAAAAAAGACCCGAACUGGUGAAAAAAAAAAAUGACAGUUCCAAGACCAGGACUAAAAUACCUGCCCU